CAGUAGAGAGUGACAUCGCUGCACUGGACUAAGGAACUCCGACGAGGCAAGGGAAUACACGUUUGUACCAUCUUUCACACCGCCGUCCCAGGCAAUGAACUAUAAACUUUAAGAGUGAAGAGGGAAUAAAACCAAAAAUGACGGUGGAUUUUGAAGAAUGUAUUAAGGAUUCACCCCGAUUCAGGGCGAACAUCGAUGAGGUGGAGACGGACGUGGUGGAGAUCGAAGCCAAGCUAGAUAAGCUGGUAAAGCUAUGCAGUGGCAUGAUCGAGGCAGGCAAGGCGUAUGUCAGCGCCAACAAGCUGUUCGUCAAUGGGAUCCGGGACCUGUCCCAGCAGUGCAAGAAGGACGAGAUGAUCUCGGAGUGCCUGGAAAAGUGCGGAGAGAGCCUCCAGGAAAUCGUCAACUACCACAUGAUUCUCUUCGAUCAAGCUCAGAGGUCCGUCAAACAGCAGCUGCACAACUUUAUCAAAGAUGACGUGCGCAAGUUCAAGGAGACGAAGAAGCAGUUCGACAAGGUGCGGGAGGACAUGGAGAUCGCCCAGGUGAAGAACGCCCAGGCGCCCCGCAACAAGCCCCACGAGGUGGAGGAGGCCACCGGCGCGCUCACCCUCACCCGGAAGUGCUUCCGCCACCUCGCCCUUGACUACGUGCUGCAGAUCAACGUUCUCCAGGCGAAGAAGAAAUUUGAAAUCUUAGAUGCGAUGCUGUCCUUCAUGCACGCCCAGUACACGCUCUUCCACCAGGGUUUCAACCUCCUGGAUGAGCUCGACCCCUACAUGAAGAAGCUGGCGGCCGAGCUGGACCAGCUGGUGAUUGACUCGGCCAUGGAGAAGAGGGACAUGGAACACAAGCAUGCCAUCAUCCAGCAAAGGACCCUAAUGCAGGACUUCUCUUACGACGACUCAAAAGUUGAGUUCAACGUGGAUGCCCCCAACGGCGUGGUAAUGGAGGGGUACCUGUUCAAGAGGGCCAGCAACGCCUUCAAGACGUGGAACAGGCGGUGGUUCUCGAUACAGAACAGUCAGCUGGUCUAUCAGAAGAAGCUAAAGGACGCCCUGACGGUGGUGGUAGAAGACCUGAGGCUGUGCUCGGUCAAGCCCUGCGAGGACAUCGAGAGGAGGUUCUGCUUCGAGGUCGUCUCUCCCACAAAGAGCUGUAUGCUGCAGGCAGAGUCAGAGAAGUUGCGUCAGUCCUGGAUUCAGGCUGUGCAGGCCAGCAUAGCCUCUGCCUACAGAGAGAUCCCUGACAACUACUACAUCGAGCGCUUGGACCGGACGGCCUCCCCGUCCACCAGCAGCAUCGACUCGGCCAGCGAGCCGCGGGAGCGCAGCGUGCGGGGGGACAGCAUCCUGCAGCGGGCCCAGACCAUCCCGGGCAACGAGCAGUGCUGCGACUGCGGCCAGGCCGACCCGCGCUGGGCCAGCAUCAACCUGGGCAUCCUGCUCUGCAUCGAGUGCUCCGGCAUCCACAGGAGUUUAGGGGUUCACUGCUCAAAGGUCCGUUCUCUGACCCUGGACUCCUGGGAACCAGAGUUACUGAAGCUGAUGUGUGAGCUGGGGAACAGGACGGUCAACCAGAUCUACGAGGGCACGUGCGAGGAGCUGGGCCUGAAGAAACCCGGGCCAUCGAGCUCAAGGCAGGAGAAGGAGGCGUGGAUCAAGGCCAAGUACGUGGAGAAGAAGUUCCUGAAGAAGAUGGCGGGCGGCGAGGCGUUGGCGGACGGGGACCGCAAGUCACGGCGCUGGAGCGUGAAGAAGUGCCAGAGGCACAACAGCUCCAUCAAGGCUCCCAAAUCCCGCCGGAAAUACAGACAGGACCCCGGCAGCGCCUCACCCGGCAACCUCUCAUCAGCCGCGGCCGCCAAGUUCCGCAGAGACUCACUCUUCUGUCCCGAUGAGCUGGACUCCCUCUUCUCCUACUUCGACACGGGCUCCGGGCCACGCAGCCCGGCAGGUCUGAGCAGUGACAGCGGCCUCGGAGGCAGCACGGACGGCAGCACGGACAUCCUGGUGUUCGGGUCAGUGGUGGACAGCGUCACAGAGGAAGAGUGCGAGGAGUCUGAGGAGUCGAGCGGAGAGGCGGAGCUGGAGCCGGAGACGUCCGACCCGGAGGACCUGCGGGACCUGCACCCGGGGGCGCUGCUGUACAAGGCGUCCCGGGCGCGCAACCUGCCCGUCAUGGCCGAGGUGCUGGCGCACGGGGCCGACGUCAACUUGGUCAACGAGGAGGACGAGGGCAAGAGCCCGCUGAUACAAGCUGUGACGGGGGGCUCUCUGAUUGCGUGCGAGUUCCUGCUUCAGAAUGGGGCAGACGUCAACCAAAGAGACACACGAGGGAGGGGACCCCUCCACCAUGCCACAUAUCUGGGACACACAGGGCAAGUGUGUCUGUUCCUAAAGCGGGGCGCCACUCAGACCGACGGGGAUGAGGAUGGACAGGACCCCCUCAGCAUCGCCGUGCAGGCGGCCAACGCAGACAUCGUCACCUUGCUGCGUCUGGCCCGGAUGAACGAGGAGAUGCGGGAGUCCGAGGGCCCAUUUGGACAGCCAGAUACGGGUGUUGCCACGACCACCAGGAAAAUAAAGCACAAGGAUUUUCGGGAUAGAGGGACACCACGUACGUCGACAUCUUUCGGGAGUUUUCUCACAUGGCGUCACACGAUCCCGAGAAGCUGAAGAGGAGGAGCAUGCACUUCCGUCACUCCUUCAGGUAGCCCGCUCUGGCGCCCGCGGAGAGGCCCUCGUCGUCUUACUUGAAGAACGCCACCGUCACUUUCCAAGGUUCCAAUUCGUCCCUUCAUUGACCCGGAAUCCCCC